AUGUGCCAACCACUUACCCGCGCAUCCCGCUCAGCCUCUACUCAACAAUCGCUGAUCCGCUCUACCGUUCUUAGGCUCCGGGUGGCAGCAUUGCGCUACUGCAACGUGGGUGGCGAUCAGUGUAGCGUGCGAGUACUUGGUCAAGAGGGAGAGGAGGAAGAGGUUGCAGGUCGUCGAGGACCACUUCUAGCGCUACGGCCAGCCAUUAGCGCCGUAGUCUGUCAUCCGACCACAUCGUCUACCCAGACUACCCUCGUCUACCAUCCACAUCCUCCCGCUGUAGCUCUUGGGAUCUCGCAGGACUCUCCGGCGAGGUGUUCGACGUUGCUCGAACACGUUCCUUUUCUCUCCACCUCUGUCGGCGAUCCUGCUGGCGACCCGACACAAACUUCGCGCGCUAACACCAUGGAGGGUGGAAUCGAGAAUAAACUGUCUCAAGAGUAUUCGUCGCCAUACGCGGGUGGAUGUUGCGGUCUAGUCUCCCCUGUGUCCGCCGUGCUGACUAGAUGGCGAUCUACGUGCGCUUGGACGAGGAGAGCGAAGGGCAGCGUAUCAACUCUGACUGUGUCGCCCUGCUCCGACGUUGAGCGCUCAGCGCCACCCACGACGGUCCCACUGGGACGGUUCACAUCCUGA